UGGGAGUGACGGGAAGCCGAAGUCACUCAUCGAGGCUAUAUCUGUUAGGACAUUAGUAUGCAUAUCUGAAGUUGGUUGCCAGAGAUGGGCUCCAUGGUGUAUUAUGGUUUCAGGUUGUCGUUGCGGCCACGUUUGAACCUUCGCAUGGUUAGAGCUCUAUGUUCUAUUGAACCUGGUGGUUCACGAUUGCAGAUUUUGGAACAAGUAGAUAAGGAACUAGCAAGCGGGAAUGAUGUGGCGGCACUAUCUCUUGCUAGGGAUUUACAGGGAAAGCCCGGGGGUCUCCGCUGCUUUGGCGCAGCAAGGCAGAUCCCCCAAAGGCUCUAUACUUUGGAUGAACUGAAGUUGAACAAUAUAGAUACUUUAUCUCUUCUAUCACCGGUAGAUGCAACACUUGGUUCAAUAGAAAGAAAUCUACAGGUUGCUGCUGUUCUGGCAGGGAUUUCUGCAUGGGUUGCUUUUGGACUUACACAACAACAAAUCCUACUUUUAUCCCUUGGAUUGUUAUUUCUGUGGUCAUUGGACUUGGUUUUGGUAAAUGGAGGAAUUGGCAGUUUGGUUCUUGAUACAAUUGGUCAUACUGUUAGUCAAAAAUACCACAAUAGGGUCAUUCAACAUGAAGCUGGGCAUUUCAUAAUAGCCUACUUGCUUGGAAUUCUUCCCAAGGGUUAUACACUGUCAAGUUUGGAAGCUCUGAGAAAGGAAGGAUCCCUCAAUGUUCAAGCAGGGACAGCUUUUGUGGAUUUUGAGUUUGUUGAAGAAGUAAAUAAAGGGAAAGUUUCUGCUCAGAUGCUGAAUAGGUUUUCAUGCAUAGCACUGGCUGGUGUGGCAACGGAAUAUCUUUUAUUUGGAUGUGCUGAGGGAGGUCUUGCUGAUAUUGACAAGUUGGACAGAUUACUGAAAGGCUUGGGCUUUACACAGAAGAAAGCAGAUUCUCAGGUGAGAUGGGCAGUAUUAAACAUUGUUCUACUUCUACGUCGUCAUGAAGGAGCUAGAUCAAAACUUGCAGAGGCCAUGUCCAUGGGAAGGUCUGUUGGCUUCUGUAUUGAUACCAUAGAGAAAGCUAUAGACGAUGUAGAAAUCUAGAAACCAUUCAAUAAUACGAUGCCUUCAUGCAAUGUCUUGGAAACAAUUAAAUUUGGUGAUGAUAUCUUGCAUUGUCUAUGAUUUUUAACGGGCUCCUUGGGUUCAUUUGUAUCGUGCUGGUUGGAAAUGCAAUUCAUAUCUGGCAGUUUAUUUCAAUCUUAAUGAAUUGAAAAGGGGACUAGAGAACUAGAGAAGCUUGUGUAUCAAGUGUUCUCUCAAAUAUAUUAUACAUAUCACA